GAUGGCAGCACCGUCUCGCAACAGUUGCAAACCACACGAACUUGCGUGAACGGGUGUCUGCUAGCAGCGAUUGUUAUGCAGAUACUUUCUAGCUGGUUUUCUCGUUCAGGAUUUUAGGCGCACUAUUUAGUGAUUGACAAUUAUAACGAUGGUUUUCCUGAGGGCUCAACACAUUAAGUUUUUCCAGAGAUGUCUCACUGUUCUCCCCUGCGCUAUGUCAUCUUUGGACGAAAUGAGAAUGACUGUAGCAUAUUUCGCAGUUUCUGGACUGGAUCUGCUCAACGCUCUCGAUACAAUAGGAAACAAAAAACACAUUGUCGAAUGGAUAUACUCACUCCAGGUCUUGCCAAAUAAGGAUCGGACUAAUCUUGACCGGUGUGGUUUCAAGGGAUCUCAUGCUACUGGCUUCAAGGGGAAUGAUUUGGAUGAUAAUGCCAGCAGUUUGAACUGUGGCCAUAUUGCCAUGACUUACACUGCAUUGGCUACCCUCAUUAUACUCGGUGAUGACUUGAGCAGAGUGGACAGGUUUGCCAUCAUGCAAGGUCUCAAAGCACUCCAGCAAGAGUCUGGAAGCUUUACAGCUCUCAUCCAUGGGAGUGAGGACGACAUGCGAUUUGUCUACUGUGCUGCAGCAAUAUGCUGUUUGCUGCAUGACUGGUCUGGAUUUGACAAAGAAAAGGCUGUGAGCUUCAUUCAGAGCUGUUAUGGCUAUGAUGGAGGAAUAUCGCCAUAUCCAGGAACAGAAUCACAUGGGGGCUCGACAUACUGUGCGGUGGCCUCACUCGUCCUCAUGGGGCAGCUGCACUCAGCGCUGAGUGAACAACAGUUACGCAGCCUGCAGCGAUGGUGUCUGAACCGGCAGUUGACGGGAUUCCAGGGCCGUCCGAACAAACCCAUCGACACUUGUUACUCUUUUUGGGUAGGCGCAGCCCUCAAGCUUCUAGGUGCCUUCCAGUUUGUGAACCAGAAGGAGAACCUAGAAUUUCUCUAUUCGACUCAGGAUGCAAUCACAGGUGGCUUCAGCAAGUGGCCUGACAGUGACCCUGAUCCCAUGCAUGCCUAUAUGGGCAUUGCGAGUUUGUCCCUCAUGGGUGCGGAGAAGGUGGCACCACUCGAACCAGGACUCAACAUCAGCCAGCGAGCAGCGGAGCAUCUGAAGAGCGUCCACGUUUCUUGGACGGUGCUCGAGCUCGAGCAGAGGCUCAAGAGUUGCUCGAGCAAAGAAAAUGGCACGGGUGGAGGUGGAGACAGAUGAUAGUGUGCCAUACUGCCUAGUUCCUUCACAGUUGUUGCUACUUUGUGGGCCAGGACAUGCGUAGUUGUUGCACCUUUUUGGGCUGACAUAUCGUAUUUAGUGAGCUCGAGGUACUGUCUUGUAUCUUUUUUUUUCCUUAGCUGCGGUGCUGAUGGUGCCUGUUGGUAAUGCCAGCAAUCGACAAUGAGGUGACUGCAGAAGAUUGUUUCUUGCUUUCGUUAUAUUUGUUCUAUCACACCCAUGCUCAUGAUGCUUAAGAUAUCUUUCAACUCCAGUUCGUACAUGUGGUGUACUGAUCUGCAGUAUGUGUACACUGUACUGCAUAUGGUGUCCUUCCUUGAAAGCAACCAACCAUUAGAUGCUUGCAACGACAUUCUAAGUUUGAACAGCGCAUAAGCAGAUAUGUGCCAUAUCCUUCAUGCACUACAGAAUGUGAGUGCAUUUCGUUAUGACUUCAUAGUGUGUAAUGUUUUUUGUAAACUCUUCUGCUGAUCUCGUGCACCAUGCACGAUACAUCAUAUUGUUAUUGUUCUUGCAGAAUUAAUUCAUACAUACAUAACUGUGCUGGAAGAUAAUUUUUUGUCUUAUUUCUGAGAUUUUGUACAUGACACUCAUCUGUUUAGAAAUGUCAGAUCACACAGUUCCUGUGAGCUUACAUUCAUGCUUUCUAUUUCGCAGUGUUCAAAACUGAAUGCGUGUGAUAUUAUGCUGUUGCUGCUGUGAUUCAAUGAUUAGGAGUGUAGGCAUUGUUCCGUGCUGCUUAAAACUGGUUCAUGGAAAUCUGUACUGCCAAGAUAUGCACAGUUCACGUGAAUACUUCUCUGGUCAUUUCACUUUUGUAGCUUAUUCACUGCUGUCGUGAUUAGAGUCAUAACCGCUUUAAAUAUUUGAAAGCAUAAAUAUUGCUAGUUUUUUCUGAAAUGCAUGGCUCGAUACCUAUGUGUUUCUGCUUCUAGCCACUAUGCAUCAUUUUAUCCAAAGACACUUUUAGUCUCUGUGAGAUUUUAGUUUCGUUUGUGCCUGGCAAGGAGUUAAUGACUGCUUACUUCUAUUUUUUUAUUCAACUGUCUUUAUACAGUAGCUCUUGUGAAAAUGGAGUUUGGUUCUUGUUAUAAAAUACUAGUACUUUAUGAUGAUGAAGCCAAUGUAGACUGGAAGAUGUAUUGAAUUAACAUACAUACAAAUUAUGAUUAUUUUUGUAUGGUGUGUAAUCUGAUACAUAUCAGUCUUUUCCAUGUGAGGCGAAAUCUUCUGAUGCUAGGUAUGGCUAUGGAUUAAAACACUUUAAACCCAGAUAA